AUGCUGGUCUUCGUGCUGGGGCUGUCAGGGCAACGGGCUGGUGAUCUUCACCGGUGUGCGGGGCCGACGGGCCAAGCGCGCUCCGCCGGACAGCCUUACAUCGGCAAACCUGGGCUGGCCGACCUGUUCCUUCGAUGGUCGACCCUGCCGCUUGGCCGCUACACGGGCUUGCGCUUUCCAUGGCCGUCGGCUCGGCGCUGUGCAGCCUUGCAGCUACGCUGCGUGCUGCUCACAUGCGGCUCUUGGCUGCGGGGGGCGUGGCUGGCCCUGCCCGCCCUGCUGCUGCGCGACACGCAGCCCGGCCCGGCCGACAACCUCACGGUCUGCGACAUGGACUUCAGCGGCGUGGCCAGCGCGCAGAGCGAGCGCUACUGGCGGGGCGCGCUCAGCCUGGGCACCACGGCGCUGGGCUUCCUGCUGCCGCUGCUGCUCAUGACCCUCUUCUACUGCUGCAUCGGCGCCAGCCUCAGCCGCCACUUCCAGCACCUGCGCAAGGAGCAGGAGAAGCGGCGGCUGCUGCGCAUCAUCGCCACGCUGGUGGCGGUGUUCGCGCUCUGCUGGCUGCCCUUCCACCUGCUCAAAAGCCUCUACGUGCUCAGCGAGCUGGGGCUGCUGGAGCUGCCCUGCGCCUUCCUCGCCCUCGUGGUGCUGCUGCACCCCUAUGCCACCUGCCUGGCUUACAUCAACAGCUGCCUCAACCCCUUCCUCUACGCCUUCUUCGACCUGCGCUUCCGCGCGCAGUGCCGCCUGCUGCUGGGGCUGCGCCCGGCGCUGCGCGGCCCGGCCGGCUCGGGCUCCUCCACGCUCAGCGCGCAGACCCAGAAAUCCGAGCUGUACUCGCUGGCCACCAAGGUGUAGGGGCGCCCGGACGCACUGACGGGCUCGGAGCCCGCGGACGCUGGACAGGCGCCGCCGGGAGCUCGGCGCGGUUCGGCGGCGCUCGAUCGCUCCUGCUCCGGGGUCCGCAGCAGCAGCCCCGACUCUGGCUUCGGCUGCGCAGUGCGAGAGAGCUGCCUCUGCGCCCACUCGGUCCCAGCCCUGGGCCCUGCUCAGGGGGUCCGGGUUGCCCGCCCGCCCGACCCGAUUAGCGCCCGGGCUGGCUCGGCUCCGCCGGCCGGGAGCCCCUGGAGCUGGGCUGGUCCCUGCGGGCGGCUCCCUCCCUGUAAACCAAUAAAAUAGUUUUUCAGGAACUCUGCAGCGCUGGUCGGAUUCUUGGUGUGGACAGCGAGAGCCCUGGGUCCGGUCGGGGGCGCCGGCCGAUGCUGAGUCCGCUUCGGGCUGUGAAUGGUGGGUCCGGGGGCUGGGCGGGGUCCGCUUCGGGCUGUGCGGAGUCCGGGGGCUUUGCAGGGUCCACUUUGGGCUGUGAAUGGUGGGUCCGAGGGCUGUGCGGGGUCCGGUUCGGGCUGUGAAUGGUGGGUCCGGGGGCGAUGGUGGGUCCGAGGGCUGUGCGGAGUCCGGUUCGGGCUGUUAAUGGUGAGUCCGGGAGCUGUGCGGGGUCCGGUCCGGGAACUGUGCGGGGUCCGGGGGCUCUGCGGGGUCCGGUCCGGUCCGGGAGCUGUGCGGGGUCCGGGGGCUCUGCGGGGUCCGGUUCGGGCUGGGAGCUGUGCAGGUGGGUCCGGGAGCUGUUCGAGGUGUGAGUAGUGGGUCCGGGAGCUGUGUGGUGUCCGGGAGCUGUGCGGGAUCCGGUUCGGGCUGGGAGCUGUGCGGGGUCCGGUCCGGGAGCUGUGCGGGUGGGUCUGGGGGCUCUGCGGGGUCUGCACUUACACCAGAGUAAACCUCCCACCUAUGGAGACAUGAGCCGACGCCAGCCUGCCUGGAGCUGGAAGAAGUGGUGACAUGAACCAUCGGCAGAAGCAGGAGGUGCCGGGCAGUGUCAGAGACCAGUAGGUACCAGUCAAACCCUGCAUCUCCAGGCUGCAGCGAGCUCCGGAGCUGGGAUCUUCGCCGUAUAAAUUCCCUGGUCCUAGAGUGGAAACCACCACAAAUCCUGGGCCAAAUCUAGCGGCUGCUGGUGACAGACGCCUGGGUUAUAACAGCACCCAGGGGACACAGGCUAGAAAGGCUGCUCUGCUGAGCUGCUGGGG